AUGGGCGUCAUUCAACGACAGCAGACUGCACCAUUGGGGUCAAUGGAGAAACCAGAUUCUAUCGCCAUGAGCACUUGGCUGUUGGCAACACCUCAACUAUGUCAGCAACAAGAUGAGAUACAAGGGCCUAGCAACUUAUCCUUACAGGUUUACAGCAUAUGGCAUGGUUGGAAAGCAACAUCAGGGCAAUACUUGAGGUUGACAAUGGGUGGAUCACCAAGAAUGGACAUGUUGCUAUCACCAAUUCACCUGCGGACCACUAUGUGCACAGCGUCACCAUUGGUCACACAUCUUCAUCUUUUAUCACCCUUUCAAGGUGCUCAAAUGCAGGAUGCAUGCUGGUCACAGGUCCAAAAUUUCAUUUUCGGCACACGUCUUUAUCUUUUAUCACCCUUUCAAGGUGCUCAAGUGCAUGGCAGCGAAGAGGAGUAUGGAGAAUGCUUUUGGCGUAGCAAGGUCUAUGGCACACCUGGCAAUGAUGUACCAGCAUCAUCAACUUGA